AUGGCCCUCGCUUCAAAAGAUAGAGUCGAGCCCGGCUCCUCCAACGUCCCCGUCGGGACGUUUCCCGCAACGUGCUCGUCAACUGGCAUUGACGCUGACAAGAUCGCGUCGGAGGUGAUACGAUUGCUGAACACGGCGCUGGCACUGAAGCAACCUCAGGAGAUCUCCAAACUGUUUCUGGAAGAUGGCUACUGGCGAGACCAUCUCAUCCUGACAUGGGACUUCCGCACCAUCAAGGGCCAAGAGAACAUCACCAAGUUCCUUCAGGAAAACCCCCGUUUGCUACAAGUAGAAAUUGACCGCUCGUCCGCCUUUCAUGCACCGGCGAUCUUCCCUAUCGAUGCCUUUGGCGAUGUAACCGGAAUCCAGUUUUUCAUUAAGGUCAAUACCGACGUGGGGAGUGGAAAAGGUGUUGUCCGACUGGCCGAGAAGGAUGGGGAGUGGAAGAUUUUCACAUUCUUCACAUCACUGUUAGAGGUCAAGGGGAGUGAGGAGAAGAUUAACCAUCACCGGCCGGUGGGCGUAUCGCAUGGCGAGCAUCAUGAUAGACGGAAUUGGCAGGAUAGACGAAUCGCCGACUUCAACUAUGAAGGGAAGAGCCCCACGGUGUUAAUCGUUGGUGCUGGCCAAGCUGGACUGACAAUCGCCGCCCGUCUGAAAAUGCUCGAUAUCGAUGCACUGGUCAUUGACGAAGAAGAUCGCAUCGGAGAUAACUGGCGUAGGCGGUAUCACCAGCUGGUUCUACACGAUCCCGUCUGGUUCGACCACUUGCCCUACCUUCAGUUCCCGGCGAAUUGGCCCAUCUUCACGCCCAAGGACAAACUCGCAGAGUUCUUUGAAUGCUACGCCAAGCUUCUUGAGCUGAACGUGUGGACUAAAACCAAGCUCCAAUCUACGUCUUGGAGCGACGCAAACAAUGUCUGGACCAUUGAGCUCCAACGACAGAAGGAGGACGGUACAGUCGAGACUCGUACCUUCAACCCCCGUCAUGUCAUCCAGGCAACUGGCCACUCGGGUAAGAAAAACCUGCCGGAAUUCAAGGGCGUUGAGACUUUCCAGGGGAAGCGCAUUUGCCACAGCUCCGAGUUCCCUGGUGCGGACCCCAACAGCAAAGGCAAGAAGGCGGUUGUGGUCGGAUCCUGUAACUCGGGCCAUGACAUUGCACAUGACUACUUUGAGAAGGGAUACGACGUGACUAUGGUCCAGCGCAGUUCAACAUGUGUCAUCUCUUCCGAAUCCAUCACCAAGAUUGGGCUGAAGGGCCUGUACGAGGAAAGUGCCCCACCGGUUGAAGAUGCCGACUUGUUCCUGUGGAGCAUUCCGUCGGAGCUCUUCAAGGCGCAGCAGAAGAAAAUUACCGCAGUCCAAAAUCAAAAUGACAAGGCGACUCUGGACGGCCUGGAGAAGGCGGGCUUCAAAGUAGACCGUGGGCCGGAUGAUGCGGGCCUGCUGAUCAAGUACCUCCAGCGCGGUGGCGGAUACUACAUCGACGUGGGAGCAAGCAAGCUCAUCGCCGACGGCAAGAUCAAGGUGAAACAGGGACAGGAGAUCGCGGAGGUCAUUCCGCAGGGAUUGCGCUUCGCCGACGGCUCCGAGCUGGAGGCCGACGAGAUCAUUUUCGCGACGGGCUACCAGAACAUGCGAACGCAGGCGCGCAUCAUCUUCGGCGACGAGGUGGCGGAUCGCAUCCAGAGCGUCUGGGGAUACAAUGAAGAAGGAGAGAUGCGCACGAUCUGGCAGCGCAGCGGACACCCCGGCUUCUGGUUUAUGGGCGGCAACCUGGCGCUGUGUCGGUACUACUCGCGACUAUUGGCAUUGCAGAUCAAGAGUGUGGAACUGGGUGUCAAUCACUAA